AUGAUUGAUUUGAAUGAACUCCCCACUGAUGAUGGUGAUGGUAUUAGUUUUAAUACAUGUGGUGGAGAAAUAGAUGAACACCCUGUUGAAAAUAAUUUUGAGCCUUUUCUUGGUCAAUCCUUUUCAAGUGAAGAAGAAGCUUGUAAAUUUUAUGAGAUAUAUGCCAAAAGAAGUGGUUUUUCUGUUAGAAAAGGAAGAUUCACAACAAGUAAAAAGGAUGGAAAAGUGAAUAGGAGAGAUUUUUUUUGUCAUCGUGAGGGAUUUCCUGAUAAAAAGAUUGUGGAUGUGAAUAAGAAUCAAAGAAACAGAGAGUCUACACGGUGUGGAUGUAAAGCCUCAAUUCGAAUACUCUUGAAAAGAUCUUUUGAGAUUUUUCCGGAAGAAUGGCAUGUUACCAGAUUUGUUGUGGAACAUAACCACAAAUUAUUGCCACCUGAUCAAGUACGUUUUCUUCCAUCUUACCGUGCAAUAUCAAAAGAAGAUGAAGAGCAAAUUUUAUUAUAUAAAGAAGCAGGGCUCUCUGUUAGACAAAUAAUGAGGGUGAUGGAGUUGGAGAAAAAUAUGAGACACGGAGAUCUUCCCUUUUUCCGUAAGGAUGUUCAUAAUUUCUUAGGAAAAAUUCGUCAAAAAAAUGGACAAAAUGAUGUGAUGAGUCUUCUGGAGCAGUGUAAAGUGGAGAAAAUUGAAAAUCCAAAUUUUCAAUAUAACUACACAGUUGAUGAACAAAAUAGGUUGGAGCAUAUUUUAUGGGUACCUGCAUAUUGCUUCAAUGGCUACAAAAAGUAUGGAGAUGCUGUGGCAUUUGACACAACAUAUAAGGUAAAUUAUUAUGACAUGCCUUUUGGCAUAUUUGUUGGAAUUGACAAUCAUGGAAGAACAAUAUUAUUUGGUUGUGCUCUGCUCAGGAAUGAAACCCUGGACACAUUUCAAUGGCUGAUGAAGACUUUUGUUACACUCAUGAGAAAGCCUCCUCAGACUAUCAUUACAGAUCAAGAUGCAUGUAUUAAACAAGCUAUCAAAGUUGAAAUGCCAUUCACUAAGCAUGCAUUUUGUAUUUGGCAUAUCACCUCAAAAUUUAGUAGCUGGUUUACCUCAAUUCUCAGGGAGAAAUAUUUUACUUGGUGUGGUGAGUUUUAUAAGCUUUAUAAGUUGGAUAAUAUUGAAGAUUUUGAACAUGAUUGGCCUGAGAUAAUUUCAAAGUAUAAUCUGCAAGAAAAUAAGCAUAUCAAAGGGUUGUAUGAAGUGAAAGAAUUUUGGGUACCAUCCUAUCUCCGUGGAUAUUUUUUUGGUGGCAUGACAACUACAGGGAGAUCUGAAAGUAUAAAUAGUUUUGUAAAAGGUUUUACAAAUUCUCGCUCAAGUUUGACUCAACUUAUGAAACAAGUUGAUCUUGCUAUUGAAGAUAUUGGACAGAGUAACCUACAUCACACCAUGUUGGAUACUUACAGAGGUUCAUCUUUAAGAACGUUGUCACCUUUGGAGGAGCAAGUGUAUAAUCUCUUCACAAAAUUUUCUUUCAAAAAAUUUCAAGAACAGUUUGAACGGGCAACUCUGUACCAGACACAUGAGGUAAUAUGCGAGAAUGAUGUAGUGAGUUGCAGUUGCAAAAAUUUUGAAUUUUGGGGAAUUAUUUGUCGUCACAUAUUGAGUAUGUUUCUCCAUGAAGAUCAUUUUCAAAUUUCUGUUAAGUAUUUGCCAUUACGUUGGUGUCGUGAUGAAUUUCAAGAUGGCAUGAGUGAUCAUUAUACUUGUGAGACUAUUCCUGAGAAUUUUUAUCCAUGUGGAGAGGAAAUAGCUGUUGAGGAAGAAGGUAUGAGACGUGAUCCUGCAGAAAUUGUUCAGUGCCCUCCAACUUCCAUCACAAAGGGACGUCCCAAGAAAGGAAGAAUGAAAAGUGGAAAAGAGCUGGCCAAAAAAUCUAAAAGAUGUAGCUACUGUAAGAUAGUUGGUCAUAAUGUUACAACUUGUCCAGAAAGGGGAAAUUUUAGUGUGAAUCAUGAGGCAAAAAGGAAGAAAAAUCAAGAAGACAAAAACUCCAGCAGCAUAAAUCCUAUUUUGUGCUUGAAAAUCUAG